GGCGAACUUCACCGCGGUCGCCAUUUGCGCCACGAACGCUGGUAGAUCGUCUUGUGUGUAAAAUUGUGGAAUUGGAGGUUAUAGUGCUAAUUUAGUAGUUAAUAGUGCAUUAAAAUUAUCAAAAACGUUUUGAAGCAAGUCAAUUGAGUGUUCAAUGUCUCGUAAGCACGAAAAGUGUUUCGAAUGAUUGCCGGGAACCCCAGAAAUGAAGAUAGACCGGACACAUACAAAUUCAACUAGAAUUCUUAUGACAGCAGUGCCUCUAACAAACCAAACCAAUUAUUUUUAAACCUAAAUCUAAAGCUUUUUAAAUUAAGUGACGUUGUGCCAGUAUUUAAGCCGUAUUAAAAAAUUAAGUAGUCUAUGGUUAUUUUGUAAACUGAGUGUAUACUGAUACUGGCAAGUAUGAAAAUUCCGGAGACUUCAGCUAAUGUUGGUGCUUAUUAUGGGAACGAGGAAAAUGGACAGUGGCAGCCAAACGGAGUUAUAAUAGACAGCGGAGUGCCCGGUGGAGUAGUGGGCAGUGGCGACGGUCUGCACCCACAGCCUGUAUACCCUGUACAUCACAUACCGAGGGGACAUAUACCCGGCUACGUGAUGGCGGGCGCGUACUACGCAGGCGCGGGGUACGGCGCGGCGCCGGCGCCGCCCGACGACUUCGCCGACUACAUGUGGAUGGAAAACGAGGAGGAAUUCGACAAGCAGGUGAUGCAGCAACUCGAAGAGGAGGCGCUCAUGGAGCAGUGCAUAGAGGCCAUGCUGGAGGACGAGCAGAGGGAGCUGGAGAGGCACAACCCCCACUACCCCACGACGAGUAAUGGCAACCCGUCUUUAUCGCUAGAGGAGACGGUAUCAAGAUCGACGCUUAACCCUCUCGCUGCCGAGUUCGUGCCCACCUUCGUGCCUAGGGGCGCACGCACAGAAGAAAAGAAAGUGGCAGAAGUAAAGAGCACAGAAGAGACACAGAAAGAGCCCAGCGAAGGGGCGGAGGCGCCGCAGGUCACGGCAGAAGUCAAAACAGAAGAGCCCCUCCCCCCCGUAGAUCCGCCGGAAGUGAGCGCGGCCGACGUCCAACCCAUAGACAAGAGACGUGACAGCAAGAAGGAUAGCAAAACGAAACCAGAGACUAAGAAACCGGUCAAACCGGAACCUAAGAAGACUAGUAAACCUGUUGUCGUCAAAUCAGAGACCAAGGUUGCGCCCAAAAAGAAGGAAGUGAAAGCGGUGAAGAGUGAGCCGCGGUUAGAAGAGAGGGAGAAGGAAGAUGCGCCAGUGAUUGUUGCUGAGUUGCCUAAGGUGGCCCCCUCGCCCGCCCCCUUGCCCGCCCCCGCCCCCGCCACGCCCCCGGAGCCGGCCGGGCCCAAGCCCAUCAACUACGCGGCCGCCGCGCGCGCCAACAAACCCAAGCUCGCGCCACCACCCACCACCAUCACCACCACCACCACCGCCAAGAAACCCACCGUGCAGAGGAAAAACAGCGCCAAGUAA